AAGCGAAAGCAUGAAUCAUAUCCUGAAAAAAGGUUUCGUGAAAGAAACACAAGUGCUUCACAUAUUUGCCAGACAGGUCAAUGAAUGCAUACAGAAGAGGCACCAGCUUGAGGUUGCCGAGACAAUAGCUUCAACGGGUGUCAGGAACCCUCUCAGUAGGUACCUUUUUGAGAAACAGCUGAUGGACGUGUACACAUGCGCGGUCUACAACUUAUUCGGCGAAAGACUAUUUUAAAGCAGCGCCUUCCGAAUCAAACAGUCUAAUGAGCAUCCAACGAAGUACUACGUACACCACUACAACCAGGAGAAAAAAUUCGCAUGGUCAAGGCACGAAUUUCAAGUGGUUGCUGAUGAAACAAAUGGCGAAUACGAAUGCGAGUGCAAACUCUUUGAUCACACAGGACUAUUCUGCCAUCACAUAAUUGCGCUGCUAGAACACCUCUGAGUAGCUAUAAUACAAGAUCGAUAUAUACUGCAACGAUACACAAGGGAUGCAAACAGUGACUCAGCAUUCAACCAUAGAGACCACAGAAAUACAACUGCGGAUGGUACACUAAUUCAAUACCGCCGCACAAUGCUGCUAAACAAGACACUGAAGACUGUGCAGAAGGGGGUAAAGACAGAUGCAGCUUACAAUAGGCUGAUGACAUGCCUGAAACAGGUGCAACCAGAGCCGGAUGCAUUGAACGGCGAUGACGUGGAGUCAACGAGAUGCAAACAAUCAUCUGUAGAUGAAAAUGAAGUUGCCCCUGAUAUGGCUGAACAAAAAGAUCCAGCAAUUGAGAAGUCAAGUAUGGAUGAUGAUUGCAAUAAAAUACACCCACCCCCAGUGUGCAAAACAAAGAGUAGAAACAAACUAAGUUCAGCCAUGAAACAAGAACAAAAGCCAGCUGAAAUCAGGGAGAAAAGCAGUUCAAAACCUGCUAGGCCAGAGACAGUUAUUGGAAAAGAUGGCAUGCCACUAGGGAGCAGACUUUGCAGCAACUGCAAUAUGAUUAGUGGCCACAACAAAAGAACUUGCGUGAAAAGGAAACUAGAACAAAAUCUACUGCAAGCACAUGAGAAAACGUAUGGGCCUAUGGACAAUUCCAAGGUCACCGCAACUAUCAAGAAACUGUUGUCGAAAGCAACUAUGAAGGAGGAAGCUAUCAACGACAGCGAAAAUAUGAGUGACAACGGUGAUGAAACAAGUGAUAGUGACGAAUACGCAGAGCCUUCACCAAAGAGGAUGCACACAAACAAAGAUGUUGGGAAAGGCAAGAUCUUCAAGAAAAGAUGCAAAAAAUGUAACAAGGUCGAAGGGCACAACACUCGUACGUGCGACGUGGUCAGAAUCGGCAAUGAGAUUCUGGAAAUGACAGAGCAGAUGGUUCAUCAGGGACAGGACGGGGCAAGUAAUAGAAAGCACAUUACAACGUCUCGGAAGCUUGCAGGGGCAAAAGGAGAUCAGGUGCCAACCAGACGGAGUAGGAGGCUCAAAAAUUGAAAAAAGAAAAUAUAUAGAAACACAUGUGAAACAUAUAUAUAUAUAGCACUUGUAAAAAACAUGUCAUUUUUUGCA